CAUCAUGUCUUUGGCUGUCUGAUCUAAAAAGAACUAAAUUCAAAAUUGAUAAAGUUAUAGGCAUGAGUUGAUCAAAGUUUGCUAUUUAUUACAAUUAAUUUAAAGUUAUGUUUAACAACGUUAAAGAUGUAUUUGGAUUAAAAUGAAACUAGUUAUGAGUGGAAGAGUUUGAUAACGGAGAUAAUUUAUUUAUUAUUCAUUCUUUCCCAAUAUUUACUUAUGUAAGAGGUUAUUUAAUUGUGCAAUGUAAAAAAAAUAAAUUUGCAAAGAAAGAGCUUUAAAAUGGAAGAAAAUAAAAGUGCGAAACCGCCUUUGAGGUCUUAUUUUGCACCAUUAUUUGCAGGUGCAAUUGCUGGAGUUUCAGUAGAUGUAGCCUUGUACCCUCUGGACACAUUGAAAACCAGACUGCAGAGCCAACAAGGGUUUUAUAAAGCUGGAGGCUUUAAGGGUGUAUAUACAGGUUUAUUAACAGUGGCAACAAGUUCAAUGCCCACAACAGCAUUAUUUUUCGUGUCCUACGAAGCAACCAAAACGCUGGCAACACCAUUGGUCACUCCGCAGUAUUUACCUUUUGUACAUAUGUUGGCUGCUAGUGUGGGUGAAGUGCUUGCCUGUGUCAUCAGGGUGCCCACAGAGGUGGCGAAACAGAGGAAACAAACUUAUGUCGGUACUGAGAAGAAAAGCAGUAUUGGGAUUUUACUUCAGGCAUUUCGCACAGAUGGCGUACGCAAUGGUGUAUACAGGGGGUUCUUUUCCACCGUCGUGAGAGAUUUGCCCUUUAGUUUUAUCGAAUUACCGCUGUGGGAGUGGUUGAAAAGUGUUAUUAGAGAGAGGAAUGACGGACAGAUAAACAGCUUUCAGAGCGCCCUCUGUGGGUCGAUAGCGGGAGGUUUCGCGGCGGCGGCCACGACGCCUCUGGACCUGGCGAAAACCCGCAUCAUGUUGGCGGAAGAUUACGCGGAGACGCGGAAGUUACGCGUAAAACCGGUUCUGAGUGAAAUUUACGCGGUUUCAGGGUUUCGGGGUUUGUUCGCGGGCGUCACGCCGAGGUGUACAGCGUUUAUGAUUGGCGGGUUCGUGUUUUUCGGCGUUUAUGACAAGUCGAAGUCGUUCUUUGAAAGCAAUUAUGGUUAUGUUUAUAAUAGAUAACGUUAGCGUUCUGAAUUUCUUUUUUUGUAAAUUUGUAGUGCAGUGAAUCGAUGUAAUUUUCUGAUUAGCCGCUUAAAAAUGAGAUGCUAUUGAUGUUCGUAGUUGUAAAUUGUAAAUAAUUUAUGGAUUUGUACAGAAUAAAGUCUGAUUA